GUGAUCACUGAUUGGCCAAUCAGUGAUCACAUGAUCGGGACCUCACACAGAGGUCCCGUCCGACGAUCGAGCUUACUACGUGUAAAUUCUGUGAAUGAUCACAGUGGUCACAUGGUACAAGGCUAUUCACAACAACCUUGUACCUUGUGACAAGCUGAGACCAAUCACAGCUCACACAGUAUUUCUCAAUGGCUGCAAGAAUGCAGCCAGAGAGAAGGAGAAAUGAUUGCUUUUACAGCCUUUACGGGUGUAAAAGCAAUCAGUGUAAAAAAA